CGAUCCCAUAGACACGGUUCACUUUGAACAUCUUUACCCACACUAACCCCAAGCAAAAAAAAAAAAAAAAACGCCCUAAACCCACACCCUCGCCGCUGGUGAUCGCCGCCGCCAUGUUCGGGACCCCCACAUCCUCCCCACUCUUCGGUACCCCGUCCUCCGCGCCCGCCUUCGGGACGCCCUCCCCAACCCCCGUAUUCGGCACGCCCUCCUCCACCCCUGCAUUCGGCGCGCCGUCGUUGACCCCGACCUUCGGCACCCCCCCGUCGGCGCCCGCAUUCGGGACCCCGUCGUCGACCCCGGCUUUCGUGACGCCUUCCUCGACCCCUGCGUUCAGCGGGCUGACCUCGACCCCGGCUUUCAGCGGGCUGACGUCGACCACGGGUUUUGGGACACCCUCUUCGACGCCGGCGUUCGGCGCGACGCCUUCGCCCUCACCCUUUGGAUUCCAGCAGCAGGCGACACCGUCCCCUUCGCCGAUCGGCUUACUUGGAGGAGGCGGCGGGCAGAUCACCACCCAGAUGGCCCCCGUCGCGCCGCUGCCGCUUUCCCCCUCCGACCGCGACAUCCAGGCUAUCGUGGAUGCGUACAAGGAGGACCCCGGGAACCCCCGUUAUGCUUUUAGGCAUCUGUUGUUCAGCGUGACAGAGCCUUCGCGAAGGGUGAAGCCAGUUGCUGCAUCUGAUAUUAUGUGGACGGAAGCAAUGGGGAAGCUCGAAUGCAUGGAUAGUGCGGAUAGGGAGAGGCUGUGGCCUCAACUUGUGCAGGGGUUUAAAGAUCUUUCCUGCCGGCUUAAGCUUCAAGAUGAAGUCCUUAUUUCAGAUACUGAAAGAUUGAGCAUGACCCACUCUAAUGUUAAAAUGCUGCGAAGGCAUUUCCAAGCUGACACAUAUCCUUGGAUUCAACGGUUGAAGCAGCAAGAACUGGUUCUUCAAAGACGCCUUUUAAGGUUCAUGAGAAUAGUGGAGGCAUUGGAGAAUCGAGGUUACCGCGGUCCUUUAACGAAGGAGGAAUCUGACUUAUAUGAAAGAUUGGUUGCUAUAUUAAAGAGGCUAAAAGGACCUAAUGCUGAUCUGUCUAAGAGAGUUAAUACUCUUCUGUCGACAUCACGUCUUCUGGCUAGCACUGGUGGUGCUGGUGGUCCCAUCUAUAUUCCUAGUUCGGCCAAAGUUGAUGAACGGAGUGUUACAGAGCUUCUUGAGGCCUUACAACUACAAACGGAGGCUGUUGCCAAGUUGGGUAAUGUGUUGAAGAGGAAUAUCAGAGACCUUGAAAUCAUGCAAUCAGAAGACACGGAUAUGGCUGAAGACAGCGUUGGGAGAAUGCACUAAAGAUGUACAAUCGAAGCAAGGUCUUCGUUUUAGCUUCUAAUAAGCAAAGGGAGAUCCAUCGUGGUACACAGAUUGGAGCCUCCAAAUGAUUGGGAGUAUCAUCUAGACACGUCCUGCAUAACUACAAGCAAAUUUGAUUCCUCAUUUUCUUUUUUUGGAAGCUAACCUUGCGAUGGGUAGUUGUAUGUCAAACUGAGGUGAUGUUUCUAAAGCUCGUUCUCUUCACGCUAACUACAUUUUGAGUCUUGUGGUGGAAACCACACCUCUAGCUGAUGAGCUCUUGUAACUUUCCCCUGGGAUAGUUGUGAAAUGGGAGUCCUUUACCGUUAGUGGAUGUAAUGCUUGUUGUAACUUGUAUUCUGGACACUGUAGACCAACUGUUACAUGGUUGCAGCCUAAGUGGUUCAUGCAUAUGUCUGUUCCUUAA